GACUUUAGCCGUCUCGUUCGUUGGUAUGUGCUUGUGACCAGCAGCAUCAUGAAUUAGGAAGUCGUCCGGACUUGUCAUGCUCUUUAAGGGGGGGCGGAGACCCUGAUUAUUUCAAAUGCAGUGCGCGAUAUAUGCAUUCUUGUAUGCUGCGUGUAAAUUCAGUGCAAAAUGCAGUGAUUGAAACAUUAAUUUCGUCAUGUUAUUGGUGAGACGAGAAGGUCGUGCAGUACCUGGACGAUCGCUGUUUCGUGAGGCUGGAAACAUAUACUUUUAGGCAACAUAAUAAUACAUAAGGACUUUAAAGCCAUGCCUGGAAAACUAAAGGUUAAAAUUUGUGCUGGUCGACAUCUGCCUGUUAUGGACAGAGCCAGUGAUUUGACUGAUGCGUUUGUCGAGGUAAAAUUUUCAAACACAACUUUUAAGACAGAGGUAUAUCCAAAAUCGCUUAAUCCUCAGUGGAACUCUGAAUGGUUUAAAUUUGAGGUAGAUGAUGAAGAUUUGCAGGAUGAGCCUCUCCAGAUUACAGUUUUGGACCAUGACACAUACAGUGCUAAUGAUGCAAUAGGCAAAGUUUACAUAGAUAUUGAUCCAUUGUUAUGCAGUGAGGCUGCUACUGUUAUUUGUGGGUGGUUCCCAAUUUAUGAUACCAUUCAUGGUAUACGAGGAGAAAUCAAUGUUAGUGUUAAAGUGGACCUAUUUAAUGAUUUGAAUCGCUUUAGGCAGUCUUCUUGUGGUGUCAAGUUUUUUUGCAGUACUUCUAUUCCAAAGUGUUAUAAAGCAGUUGUUGUUCAUGGAUUUGUGGAGGAGCUAGUGGUGAAUGAGGAUCCAGAAUAUCAAUGGAUUGACCGAAUACGAACGCCAAGAGCAUCAAAUGAAGCUCGUCAGAGACUAAUUUCUCUAAUGUCUGGUGAACUUCAAAGAAAAAUUGGCCUGAAAGUUUUAGAAAUGGGAGGUAAUGCUGUUGUGGGGUAUCUGCAAUGCUUUGACCUAGAGGGUGAAUCUGGACUGGUUGUACGAGCGAUUGGGACUGCCUGUACUCUAGAUAAAAUAAGUAACACCUCUGCAGCUCAGCUUCCUGCAUGCAAUUCUCCAUCUAAAGAAAUUAAAGAGUCUCCACCGGUUCACCCGACAAGCCAUGGAUGUCGUUCGACCCACAACAGCCCAAUUCACACUGCAUCCGGCUCACGACUAACUCAGAGCUUCUCUGUGUCUGUUCCUACUCUCAUCUACACUGGUAUGAGACUGCUUAGGCACAGGAGCUGGGGAAAAAUGUGUAAACCACCAUUUCAUGAAGAUCCCAACCCUAAUACUUAUUCAUCAGGACCCUCCACCCCACUGAAAAACCAAACCUAUUCCUUUUCACCUUCCAAGUCCUACAGUCGACAGUCCUCCUCUUCUGACACAGAUUUGAGUUUGACACCUAAAACUGCAAAAUCCCCAAAGGGACCAAGGAUCUCCCUGUGUCCCAGCUCCCCUACCCUCUCCUCUGAUUUUCCAACUCUUAUAAACCCUUUUCAGCUUCAUUUGGGGUCUGGGACUACACACAGUCUUACUCCUCCCCACUCUGGCCAUGCAAGCCCUCUUGUGCUAAGGAAAAGUGUCUCUUUCAGUGAGGAUUUGCUUCUGGCUGCCUCUGGAAUGGGCAGUGGUGGAAGUGCUGGAAAAGACGGAGGACACUUGAAAACACUUUUAAGACAACAGACUCAGUCAGCACUUGAACAGAGGGAAUUUCCAUUUUUCACCUUAACAAGUUUUCCACUGGGUUUUCUAAUCCAUGCUGGUGGUGUAGUUAGUGCACGGUCAGUGAAGCUCCUGGACCGCAUUCACAAUCCUGCCUUUGUCGGAAUUAUGGGUAACACAAGAUCAUACAAACUGCUAGACUGGAAUAGUUUCACUGCAGAUGAGCCUGAAACACGUGAUGCUUGGUGGGAAGAAAUUAGACAAGAAAUCAAGUCGCAUGCUAAAGCAUUAGGAUGCCAUGCGGUGGUGGGGUAUAGCGAAUCAACAAGUAUUUGCGAAGAAGUUUGUAUACUAUCUGCAUCUGGGACAGCAGCGGUACUUAAUCCCAAAUUUCUUCAGGAUGGAUGCUUGGAUUGCUACAGUGAAAACAGGUUGUCAAGGCAGCCUACCUUCUUUUCCACAGGGUCAGAGAAGGGAGAGUUUGAUUUUUUUCUUCAGAGCAAGGAUAGUUCUUCCAUGUUAGGACUGGAAGACACAUCUCCUCCAAGCUGUGGAUUUUGCCAUAUACCAUAUGAUGAAUUAAAUAUGCCUUUUCCAGCACACCUUACCUACUGUUGUAAUUGUCGUAGACAGAAAGUUCCUGAUGUUCUUUUUACCACAAUAGACUUGCCAGUUGAGGCUGCAGUCACUGGAAGAGGAUGUCUUAUCCAGGCCAGACUGUGCCGUCUUAAGAAAAAAGCUCAAGGUGAAGCAAAUGCUACAGCAAUUAGUAAUCUUCUGCCAUUUAUGGAAUAUGAACUGCAUACUCAACUAAUGAACAAGCUGAAACUCAGGGGAAUGAAUGCUUUAUUUGGACUUAGAAUUCAGAUCAGCGUUGGAGAAAAUAUGUUAGUUGGUUUGGCAUCUGCUACAGGUGUUUAUUUGACAGCAUUACCUGCUCCUGGAGGUAUUCAAAUUGCCGGGAAAACUCCAAGUGAUAUAGCCUAUGAGCAGCAUAUUUCUAACAUUCAAAAGAAGAUAAAUGAUACUGUCUCCAGAAAUAAGGAACUUUAUGAGAUUCAUCCACUUGAAAUCAGUGAAGAAGUAAUUGGAUCACCAAUUCCGGAACCCAGACAACGUUCUAGAUUACUCAGGUCCCAUUCCGAGAGUUCAGACGAAGUUUCAGAGUUGGAUCUGUCUCACGGGAAGAAAGAUGCUUUUGUUCUUGAGAUUGAUGAUGCUGAUGCUGUGGAAGAUAUCCUUUCUUUAUUAACAGAUGCACCUCUGCCGACAGGUUUUUACAGCUGUAACACUGAAAACAUGCCGGGAAUUCACAACUGGACAUCCAGUAUACAGAUGUUUACCACAGUGAGAGUGUUCAGGCUGAAUAAUGUAAACUUAACAAAUCAAGGACUCAAUAAAAGUUUUAAUGACCUCUGUGAAAAUCUUCUAAAGAGUCUAUAUUUUAAGCUGCGUUCCAUGAUUCCAUGCUGUCUCUGUCAUCUGAACUUUACCGUUGCUGUACCAGAAGAUGAACUCAUUCAGGUGGCUGCCACUGCUGUUGCAAUGACAUUUGAUAAAGAUCAAGCUCAGGAGAUCCUAAAAUCUAACACAGCACCUAUGAAGGCUAUAUCUGAAAAUGAAGAACAACUCCAGUUUCCAAUGGAGCUCUCUUCUGACUCUCCAUCGGUCCAAACAUUUCCACCAAGCAAAGGAUUUUUAGAGAAUGCAAGCCCUCAGACAAUCCAAGGAACAUCUAGAGCCACCUCAGUUGAUUACAGUUCCUUUGCAGACAGAUGCAACAGCUGGAUUGAGCUCAUUAAACUGAAAGCUCAGACCAUAAGACGAGGAUCAAUUAAGACAACUCCUUCACUAGACAAAGCAAGUCCUCUUGCUGAAGGUCACUUGCGUCUUCGUUCUACCCCAUCCUGCACAGACUCUACUGUCACUGUAGUCAAGAUGACUCCACUCUCUUUCAUCCCUGGAGCAAAAAUAAUCAAAUAUCUGGGCAUCAUCAAUAUGUUCUUUAUCCGUGAGACCACAUCUCUGCGUGAGGAAGGUGGUGUCAGUGGAUUUUUGCACACCUUUAUUGCUGAAGUGUUUGCUAUGGUGAGGGCUCACGUUGCAGCCUUAGGAGGAAAUGCAGUAAUUUCCUAUAUAAUGAAAGAAUGUGUUUUCAUGGAAAAUUCUAAUAAAAAUCAGGCACAGUGUCUUAUAAAUGUUAGUGGAGAUGCAGUUAUCUUAAUACGGGAGUCUGAGCAAGAAGGCGUGCCAAUCCAGACUCAUGGAUCUACAAGCCAAACGCCACAAUCUGGAGGAGCACCCGUUUCUUAAAGCAUGAUAACAUGAAGACUGUCUGACAUUAUCCCACACGUAGCUGAUUACAACAGAAGUUGCUAUUACAUUUAGGUGUCCUGCUCCUUCUUAAUGUAAUUAGGAAUAUACUGCUGUAUGUGAUGGUGCAUAGCUGUGUGUAUUAAGGCAGACUGAUUUACUGUACUGUUUCAUGAGGUUUGCAAUUGUCCACCAUUUUCACCUUUUAUAAAAACAGGGUUGUUUUCUGUAUUUUUGAACCUAAGCAUUUGAGAAGUUAGUUUUGGCAGCUUUUGUACACUAUGGCUUUGUUACCUUAGGAAUUAAAACCAUUCCAGCAAAAGGAAAAAUGUAAUUUUGGACAAGAUCUUAAAAUUUAAAAGCCAGUUAACAUUUUAUGUCAAAUAAAAAAUAAUAAAGCUUCACUAGAGCUUUGUAAGUUUUGAUUACUUAUCAAAAUGCUUUACAGAAAAUUGCAUGGUUCAAUUGUAAAAGUUAACAAUAUCGGUAAUGCGAAAAGUUUCACUUUAUCAGGUUUUGACCUUCUAGUGAUUUAAUUUAUAAAACUUUUUCAAAUUUUAUUAGAUUUAAUCAUAUGGAGCUGGUCAUUCUUCUAGUGUCAUCAUAUAAUUUAUGUACAGUAAGUAUGCAUUGUUUUUCAAAUACACUGGAAAUUUCCUGAAGCAAAAAGUGAUUGAUCCUUAAAUAAAAAUACAAUUUAUAAAUGUAAAAAAAAAAAAAAAAAGUUUAUCAAAAUGAAAUAAUGUUUAUGCAGUAAUAUAUCCAAAGUAGGAAAAUCUUAAAGAACAUAUAUUUUUGGUAACAAAUCACUAUAGAAAAAUAAGGAAAAAAUUACAAAUAAAGUUAUAUAGUCAGAUAAUACUAAUGUAAAUGUGUUUUUCAUCGUACCAGUAUAUAUGGUAAAAACUGGAGUGUGUAUAUUAAAUGUAUAACAACUGGAAGGACUGGAUUACUUGAUAUGUGAUGUUAAAUAAUAUGUCUGAAAGGAUAAACGCGAACAAAAUACAUUAGCACCAGCAAUAAAUAUCCAGUCUACACUUGUGUUCUGAGGAGACCGAAAAAGUUUUUUAGUAGCAUUAGGUCACUAGAUUUUUCCUUAAGACAGUUUUAUCUUGUUAAAAUGUUCAAAGUUGCUUAAUCCCAUUCAGGACUUAUGGGGUUGUUAGAUGGGUUAAUUCAAGGUGUGUUGCAUAAAAGCAUUUUUAGCAUGAAAGUACUGUGAAUAUUUUAUAAGGUGAAAAGGAGAAAACAGUAGUGAGAUUUUAGUGCAAGCUGUUUUUUUUAAUGAUGCAUCAUUGUAAAAUAUAGCUCAAUCAGAGGGUCAGAUUUGUCUUUAAUUGCCAUUAUAAUUUGUUAUAUGCAGAUACAAUAACAUUUCAUAAAUUAUCUAAAUAUGACACUCCCAAAAUUGUGCUAAUUUAUUUUUGCCUACUUUCAAAUCCUUUCUUUUGGUCAAUUGUCAUAUCAUAAUCUGUUUUAGAAUAAAAUUGUACAUACUUUUUUAACAUUUCUUUAGUAAUUCAGGAUAAAUAUGUUUGAGACGUGAAUGUGUAUAUAUAGCCAAUAUAAAUAAACAAUAUGCAGUGUCA